UCAACGUCAUACAGCGCACGAGGGAAGUUAAGUGGGGAAGCAAUUUGUCCAGGGGCAACAUUCAAGAAAAACAAGUCGGCUCAGACCCAAAGAAUGACCACCCCAUUCUAGGGGCCAUCUAAAAAGGGAUACUCUCCCUCUCCCAAACUGUAUGAUCCCCUCACCAGGCCGGCAGGAGGAAGGAGUCUGAGUUUAAUGAGGGACCAGGGGGCGGGCUAAAUAUGCAAAAAGAGCAGCCUCUGGCCUUGGGGGCUCGUUCUUGCGGGGACCAGCGUGAUAGGGAUGAGCAGGGCAUCUUUUAGAACGGGGGGCCUUCUCUACAGGAAGAGGCCGCGAGCCCCGGGCAUGCUUAAACCACGGUCCUCAGCGCCACCUGUGCGACUCGGGAUCCAACCUCCCCGCACCAGCCCCAGUCCAGGUACCUGGAACUUAGUCCGAUCGGUAACCGGCGACUACGUGGGGUACAGGUUACCCGAGCGCGCCCCCGACUGACGCACCGACCUGCGCGCGCACCGCGGGCCGGAUGCGUGCGCGCCCCCGGACGUCCCGCCCCGCCCCCUCUGCCGCCCGCGAGCCGGGAGGCGUGCGCGCCCCCGGACGCACCGAGCCGGGCACUCGGAAAGGCGUCCCUGCGGUGCCUGAAAGGUCUUUACUCCGCGCGGGCGUCGUGGAUGGCGAGUGGCGUGGAGUCUGGAACUAUCAGAAGCGCCCUGUUACGAGAGGCGGUGCAGGGAGACCAUCCCGGGAAGAACGGAGGGCAGUUGGGGGGCUGGGGUUAUUUCGGGCAGUCAGGUGGGCGACCCGCAGGGGCGUCUGGAAGGCCCGCGUCGUUAGGGAGCGUAGGAGCGGCGUUUCUGGUUACGGGGUCGGACAAAGGGCAAAGGUCAGCCUUCUGGUUGGAGAGCACCUCCUUUUUUGCCAUGGCGGCGUCUGGGGAACCCGGCCGGCAGUGGCAGGAGGAGGUGGCGGCGGUGGUAGUGGUGGGCUCCUGCAUGACCGACCUGGUCAGAUUUUCUUCGGCUGCUUUCACACUGCAACAGCAGAGCCGAAUCGCUGCAAAAGAGACCGUCUGACCAACAGUGUCCGAACUAUUACCCAUCUGGCCUCUUAUGGGAAAAAAAAUGUUCCAACCCCUGAUCUAGACCAUCCAAAAUCUUACCAGGAAAUUGUAUCUGCACUCAUUGAGGAACUUGACCCAAGUAACCUCCUAGGUUUCUUUCUAUCGAUAUAUCCAGAGGGGAACAAUUUUCUGUGGGAAGGCAGAACUCACCAGGAGUGGCGGAGACCCAGACAGGUUGGCAAAGAUUCUUUUGGCAAUGAUUAUAUAGAAAACUUAAAACAGAAUGAUAUUUCUACAGAAUUUACAUAUCAGACUCAAGAUGCUGCUACAGGAACUGCUUCUAUAAUUGUCAAUAAUGAAGGCCAGAAUAUCAUCAUAAUAGUGGCCGGAGCGAAUUUACUUUUGAAUACUGAAGACCUGAGGGAAGCAGCCAAGGCCAUCAGCAGAGCCAAAGUAAUGAUCUGCCAGCUAGAAGUAACUCCGGAAACUUCUUUGGAAGCCCUGACCAUGGCCCACAGCAAUGGAGUGAAAACAUUGUUCAAUCCAGCUCCUGCCAUUGCUGACCUGGAUCCUCGCUUCUACGCCCUCUCAGAUGUGUUCUGCUGCAAUGAAACUGAGGCUGAGAUCCUAACUGGCCUCACGGUCAGCAGCCCUGCAGACGCUGGGAAGGCUGCACAGGUGCUCUUGGAAAGGGGGUGCCAGGUCGUAAUCAUCACCUUAGGUGCUGAAGGCUGUGUGAUGCUGUCACAGACAGAACCUGUCCCAAAGCACAUCCCCACAGAGAAGGUCAAGGCUGUGGAUACCACGUACAGCCGCGGCUUGUGGUCCCAAGAAGCAUCUGAAGCACGUAGCAGCUCCAAAGACUGGAUGCUGGAUAAACUGAUGUGUUUGCCCCUUGUCCAUCUACUGGUCCCCAUAAGCUGAGAGAAUAUCUCUCUCUCAUCAUUUUCCUAAGGAACAGACUUGAGUAUGCCCUCACAGCACAUAAAGUAAAGAUCAGUAUGCAGCAUUUUACCAAGAUUGAUGGCAAGAUCCCAACUGAUAACAACCUACCCUGCUGGUUUUAUGGAUGACAUCAACAUUGACAAGACUGGGGAGAAUUUCUGUCUGAUCUGUCACACCAAGAGCUGCUUUGCUGUUCAUAAUAUUGCACCUGAGGAGGCCAAGUAUCAGUUGUGCAAAGUGAGAAAGAUCUUUGUGGGAACAAAAGGAAUCCCUCACCUGGUCACCCAUUAUGCUUGCAUCAUCUGCUAUGCUGAUCCCCUCAUCAAGGUGAAGGACACCAUUCACACUGAUGGCGGAGACUGGAAAGGUUACUGCUUUCAUCAAGUUUGGCACUGGUAAUCUGUGAGUGGUGACCAGGGAUGCCAACCUGGGAAGAACUGGUAUAAUCACCAACAGAGAGAGAGAGACACCCUGGUUCUUUUGAUGUAGCUGGCGUGAAAGAUGCCAAUGCAAGAGCUUUGCCACUUGGCUCUCCAACACCUUUGUUAUUGGCAAAGGCAACAAACCGUGGCUUUCUCUCCCCCUUGGAAAGGGUGUCUGCCUCACCAUUGCUGAAGAGAGAAACAAGAGACUGGCGGCCAGAGCAGUGGAUAAAAUGGUCUGUAGGUGAUAUGAUUGGAAGUCUUUAUACUUAAUUAAAGAUAAUACAGCAUGAUUAAAAAAAGAAGGAAAAUUCUGACGUGAUCUACCAGUUAUUAGUAACUCAGGAACAGUCAGAUGGAAGUGACGCGUAGGUGUGGGCAAGGGGCGCACAGGUCACUCUCCCAUAGUCAAUAUGUGUUCACCAACCCAGAAGCUCCAGUACAGUUCUUACUAAGAAACAUUUAUAAAGAGGCUGUUCAGAAUCAAGGGCACAAAAAUUAAGCAAAUGGCCUGGAGUUUUAAAAUAAAUCAUUGGUUUGCUAGUUUACUUCACAUAACUCUGCUCACAAAACCCAAAAACAAAACUGGGCUUCUACCAAUAGCAAUCAGCUGCUGUCUUUUGUAAGAAGGCAAUCUUGCCUUGGAAACACUUGUCUCUCCUGGACAAAUACUUCUACCUACCGAGACUAUUUAAAGUUACCAUUUAUUAUGGCAUUUUAGCAGAGAGUACAAAUGACAUUUCUUAACUUCCUCCAUCAAUAUAUAGAUACCAUACUCCUUUAAUUCAAAUCGGGACCUAACUGCCUGCCACUGUUAAAUGAUCCCAGGAGGAUAUUCCCUCCCCUUCUGAAGACACUCUUUUCUUUCCGUUUCCAGAACAGUAUCACCUAUUCUGUUUACAUAGCUGGUUUCUUUACCAGAUCUAUCCUAUUCAAGAAUAAGAUAAAGGUGGAAUCUGCCUCUCCCCAA